AUGAUCAUUGGCAGGCAGAAAUCUAAUGAGAUGGCCAAGUGCUAUAUCCUAGCAUCUAUCUCAAAUGUUCUACAACAUCAAAUGCAGGAUGUAGAACUAUUUUUGGACAUAAUGCUAAGUUUGAAGGAAAUGUUUGGUGAGCAAGGCCGUUCUACAAGGCAAGAAACUAUGAGGCAAAUUUAUAAUACCAAAAUGACUAAUGGCACUUCAGUGAGGGAGCAUUGUCUUAAGAUGAUCUCUAAUCUAAAUACACUGGAAGUUUUAGGUGCCGAUAUUGAUGCAGAAUCCCAAGUGGAUAUGAUACUCCAGUCACUACCAAAAUCAUUUAAGGAAUUCAAACUUAAUUAUAAUAUGAACAAAAAUAUUUAUUCAUUGUCUAAAUUAGUGAAUGAAUUGGUGGCAGUGGAAGGCAUUCUUGGUACAUUCAGUGUUGAUGCUAAUAUGGCUAAAACUUCUACUUCUCAACCUAAAUCAAAAUGCAAAGGUAAGGAGAAGAAGGAGAAGAAGGACUUUACCAAGCAAGAUGGGGUUCCAAGAGACCAAAAAGCUGAAUGA